GCUGCGCGGUUUGACCCCGGCGGCGUUCCGUACCGUCGUGGAUUCGGCGGCAGGAACAUGGCGGCCGCGGUCGAACCGGUAACGGAGAAAGUUUCCAACGAGGCUGGCCUGUGUUAGUGCCUGUGGCCUCCGGCCCUCGACCCCCCACUCCCCGGCGUGCCACCUCCCAGCGCCGAGUCGCAUGCUCAGCCCCAAGGGCCCUCCCUUUACUGUAUUGGCCCCAGAGCCGACUCGGGGGGGGUUGAGAGAGCGUUGGUGGCGGCGGCCGAGUCAGACCACUAUAAACAAAAAUUCCACCAAGAGGAAAUGUUGAAAUAGGAGUUACGGAUACGUUGGAUUUGCUGGAUGAAAAUCAAGCAGUUAAUUUUUCUACCACGGGGAGAAAGCCCAAAUUGCCAGAUUACAUGUGUAAAUCACUGCGUUACUGCUUUAGUCAUUGUCUGUAUUUAGCAAUGACAAGACUGGAAGAAGUCAACAGAGAAGUGAAUAUGCAUUCUUCAGUGCGUUAUCUUGGCUAUUUAGCCAGAAUCAAUUUACUGGUUGCUAUAUGCUUAGGUCUUUAUGUAAGAUGGGAAAAAACAGCAAAUUCCUUAAUUUUGGUAAUUUUUAUUCUUGGUCUUUUCGUUCUUGGAAUUGCCAGCAUACUCUAUUAUUAUUUUUCAAUGGAAGCAGCAAGUUUAAGUCUCUCCAAUCUUUGGUUUGGAUUCUUGCUUGGCCUCCUAUGUUUUCUUGACAAUUCAUCCUUUAAAAAUGAUGUGAAAGAAGAAUCAACCAAAUAUUUGCUUCUAACUUCCAUAGUAUUAAGGAUAUUAUGUGCUUUGGUGGAGAGAAUUUCUGGAUAUGUCCGUCAUCGACCCACUUUACUAACCACAGUUGAAUUUCUGGAACUUGUUGGAUUUGCUAUUGCCAGCACAACCAUGUUGGUGGAGAAGUCUCUGAGUGUCAUUUUACUUGUUGUAGCUUUGGCCAUGCUGAUUAUUGACCUGAGAAUGAAGUCUUUCUUAGCUAUUCCAAACUUAGUUAUUUUUGCAGUCUUGCUGUUUUUCUCCUCAUUGGAAACUCCUAAAAAUCCAGUUGCUUUUGCAUGUUUUUUUAUCUGCCUGAUAACUGACCCUUUCCUUGACAUUUAUUUUAGUGGACUUUCAGUGACUGAAAGGUGGAAACCCUUUUUGUACCGUGGAAGAAUAUGCAGAAGACUUUCAGUGGUUUUCACAGGAAUGAUUGAGCUUACCUUUUUUAUUCUUUCAGCAUUUAAACUCAGAGACACUCACCUCUGGUAUUUUGUAAUUCCAGGCUUUUCCAUUUUUGGAAUUUUCUGGAUGAUUUGCCAUAUUAUUUUUCUCUUAACUCUUUGGGGAUUCCAUACCAAAUUAAAUGACUGCCAUAAAGUAUAUUUCACCCACAGGGUAGAUAACAAUAGCCUUGAUAGAAUCAUGGCAUCCAAAGGAAUGCGUCACUUUUGCUUAAUUUCAGAGCAGUUAGUUUUUUUUAGUCUUCUUGCAACAGCGAUUUUAGGAGCAGUUUCCUGGCAGCCAACAAAUGGAAUCUUCUUGAGCAUGUUUCUGAUAGUUUUACCACUGGAAUCCAUGGCUCAUGGUCUCUUCCAUGAAUUGGGUAACUGUUUAGGAGGAACAUCCGUUGGAUAUGCUAUUGUGAUUCCCACCAACUUCUGCAGUCCUGAUGGCCAGCCAACACUUCUUCCACCAGAACAUGUGCAGGAGUUAAAUUUGAGGUCUACUGGCAUGCUCAAUGCUAUCCAAAGAUUUUUUGCAUAUCAUAUGAUUGAGACCUAUGGAUGUGACUACUCCACAAGUGGACUGUCUUUUGAUACUCUACAUUCCAAACUGAAAGCUUUCCUUGAACUUCGGACUGUGGAUGGACCUAGACAUGAUACGUAUGUUUUGUAUUACAGUGGGCACACCCAUGGCACAGGAGAGUGGGCUCUUGCAGGUGGAGACAUACUGCGCCUUGACACACUUUUAGAAUGGUGGAGAGAAAAGAAUGCCUCCUUCUGUUCUCGCCUUAUUAUCGUAUUAGACAGUGAGAAUUCAACUCCGUGGGUGAAAGAAGUGAGAAAAGUCAAUGAUCAGUACAUUGCAGUGCAAGGAGCAGAGAUGACAAAGACCAUAGAUAUUGAAGAAGCUGACCCACCACAGCUGGGUGACUUUACAAAAGACUGGGUAGAAUAUAACUGCAACCCCAGUAAUAACAUCUGCUGGACUGAAAAGGGCCGCACUGUGAAAGCCGUCUACGGUGUGUCAAAGCGAUGGAGUGACUACACUCUGCACCUGCCAACAGGCAGCGACGUGGCCAAGCACUGGAUGUUACACUUUCCUCGUAUUACGUAUCCACUGGUGCAUUUGGCAAAUUGGUUGUGCGGUCUGAACCUUUUUUGGAUCUGCAAAAGUUGUUUUAGGUGUUUGAAAAGAUUAAAAAUGAGUUGGUUUCUUCCUACUGUGCUGGACACAGGACAAGGCUUCAAACUUGUCAAAUCUUAAUUUGGAACCCAAAGUGGAAUAUUAUUGAGAGUUCAUACUACCAGUUAUCACUAACUUGCCAUUUUUUGUAUAUAUUUUUUUUUUAUUUGUGGAAAAAAAAAACCUUGCUACUUCUGUAGCUGCUCUCACUUUGUCUUUUCUCAAGUAAUUAUGGUGUUUGUGAGAUGUUGGGAAUAAGCAUUUUAUCCUACAAGUAUGUAAGGAGUCAUAAAUGCUCAUGCUGUGUAAAUGCAUAACAGAGGUUAAAAAUAACAAUGCACUUUGAGGAAUGUUUGUAUAUGCCUCUGAUUAGAAAGAAAACACUUGUCUAUGCUCUGCAGUGGCCAAUGAAGAAUUAAUAAUGCCUUAUUUUCUAGGCAUAGAUUAGAGAACGUAGACCAGACAGUUUGUUUACUAUUAUAAGAAAACUUCCAAUUUGCUUACAAAAGUUUUUUUGUGUGUGUGGACAGUAGGUUUGAAUCCAAGACCAUUUGAACAAUUACAAACUCUUUCUUGAAAAAAGGAUAAAGGGAGAAGCCUGAAAUGAAUGCAAAAAUGCGCUUAUAGUCUACCAUUCAGAUGUCUUGGUUGUGGCCUUUUAAUCAGUGUAGUAGUAAAGCCCAAACGACUGUUGAGUUCAAAACUUUCUUCAUGUAGGUAACGAUAAGAAGCUAGAAGCCUACAAAUCGCUCCUUCCUGCAUUGUUGGGGUGGAGGGGGGUUCUGAAAGCACUGGCAAUUUUAAGAGUCUUUCUCAGGUAACUGUUUUAAUGAACAAUGUUUCCAGCUACAAAUUCCUCCCAUAUAAAUUGUCUUCCCUUUAAAAAAGUAAACUCUUAAAAAAUUUAGCAAUUUCUCAUUGAUUCAGGCUAUUUUCACUAUUCAGAAAUGAUUUUGAUCCCUAUGGAAUUAAUGCUCUGCCAUGAAAAUUCUCUUUCAGAUCUCUCAUUAGUGAUGACUUUUUUUUCUACUGAAGGUCAAAGGAUUGGAAACAGGUCAUUUUUUUCUUGUAUACAUGUAAUGUAUUAUGUAAAAAAAAACAAAAAGUAUUCAUAUUGGCAAUUUUAGUUAUGCCUAAUGGUGUGGUUGUAAUUUUUAAAACUUAACUCAGUGUUUUGUCUGAUUAAAGCAGGCACUGACCAGGGUAUCCCCUAAGAGGUAGUUUACCUCCCAUUCCCUUCCAGUAAUCCUUACAUUCUAAAUUUUCUUAUCUGAGAAGUAACAAGAGGGGAGUAGAAUUAAAUUAGA